AUGACGACGCUCGUGAGGGAUACGUACCCCCGCAGGACGAACCUCGGAGCCGACGGCGACGGGGCCGACUUCCAGUGCCGCCUGACCGCGAAAUGGAAGGCGGUGGGCGCGGAGCAGGUCCGGUUUGUCGACACGCCGCGAUCCUUCAUAGUGCUCAUCAAGGCCGGCAACAAUGUGUUCAUCAAUUAUCGGGGCACGUGGACCGACCUUCAGACCCUGAACAACGGCCUCUUCUUGCCCCAGAUCCGCUUCUUUGCCCUCCCCGGCUUCGUCCGCGUCCACCCCGGCUGGCACCUUUCUUUCCUCGAGAGCUUCGACCAGGUCGUUUCAAUCCUCACCAACAACUUCUCGUGCACGGGCGCAUGCCAGAUCACGCUCGUUGGCCACUCGCGAGGCGCCGCGCUCGCGAACUACGCGGCCGCGACGCUCUCCAACUCCUACGCCAACCUCGGAAGUGUGACGGGCGUCUACACGUACGGCGGCGUCAGGCCCGGCAACUCGGCGUACCAGAACGCCUGGAACCGGAAGUUCAAGACGAUCACCUACAAUUGGUGGAACCGCCUGGACUGGGUGCCCAACCAGCCAUUCAUCUUCUACAGGCAGUCGCCGCGCCUCAAGAUGGGAAACAGCAC